UUGAUUUUGUCGACUGAAGCUGAGAAUUCGAGACAAUUCUAGCCUAUCUAUAUAGACAUCAUAAAUUUUGACGUGUAUGUGUGUGAUUCGAUAAAAAUCAACCUCAUAAAUAUAUUAAGCACGUAUGUAUCCAUGCGGACGUAAGCUGGAUAAAAAUAAUAAUUAAUAACAAACAAAUAAUAACUUCUGUGACUUUAAAUACCUCGUCAAUAAAAAAAAAUAAAAUACAAAAACAAUAAAUUAUAGGUUGUCAUGAUAUUCUGACUUGUGUUUAUUAAAUGUACAUCACAUAUAUUUUUUAAAAAUAUUAACAAAUAAAUAAAAAAUAAAAAAUGAAUACAAACAACAGUAUCGAGAUCGAGCAACUCGAAGCAUCAGUUCGAAAUGUCAUUGAGCAAAGAUCCUUACGAUGGAUAUUUGUCGGUGGCAAAGGUGGUGUUGGUAAAACCACAUGCAGUUGUUCCUUGGCUGUACAAUUGUCAAAAGUACGUGAAAAUGUCCUCAUUAUUUCAACUGAUCCAGCCCACAAUAUAUCUGAUGCAUUUGAUCAAAAAUUCAGCAAAGUUCCGACCAAAGUAAAAGGUUUUGAUAAUUUAUUUGCCAUGGAAAUUGAUCCAAAUGUUGGGAUGACCGAACUUCCGGAAGAAUAUUUUGAAAAUGAAAAUGUAAUGGGUAGUGAAGCCAUGCGAUUAAGUCGAAGUGUUAUGCAAGAAAUCGUAGGCGCCUUCCCGGGCAUUGAUGAAGCAAUGAGCUACGCUGAAGUCAUGAAACUUGUUAAAGGAAUGAACUUUUCGGUUGUUGUAUUUGACACAGCACCUACUGGUCAUACGCUUCGACUUUUAUCCUUUCCACAAGUUGUCGAAAAAGGAUUAGGCAAAUUAAUGCGUUUAAAAAUGAAAAUAAGUCCUUUUAUAUCACAGAUAAGCUCAUUGUUGGGAAUGUCAGAUUUUAAUGUCGAUAGUUUUUCAAAUAAAAUGGAAGAAAUGCUUGCAGUGAUAAGACAAGUAAAUGAACAAUUUAAAGAUCCAGAUCAAACAACAUUUAUUUGUGUUUGUAUAGCUGAAUUUUUAUCGCUAUACGAAACGGAGAGACUUGUGCAGGAAUUAACUAAGUGUGGUAUUGACACCCACAAUAUUAUUGUUAACCAGCUGUUGUUCCUCAAGGAAGGCGAUGUGCCAUGUAGACUUUGCUUAGCUCGGCACAAAGUCCAGGGAAAAUAUUUAGACCAGAUCAUGGAUCUUUAUGAGGAUUUCCAUGUGACAAAACUUCCUUUACUCGAGCGUGAAGUUCGAGGUGUUGAACAUGUCAAGGAAUUCUCGGAAAAUCUUGUCAAGCCAUACAAGCCUUAAUUAAUAAUAAUAAUUAUAAUAAAUAUUAAUGGUUGAUUGAGACAAACAUUUGAAUGCAAUAAGAAUCAUUUAGAGGUGCCUCAGCAUCAAAAUUUUAUAUUUAUAAAUAUCGAUUAAUUUAUGAAAAAAAAAAAAAAAGAAA